AUGGACUGGGUGGAUGUUCAAGGCCUCUGGCCAAAAAUAUUAAAUCGACCUAACCCUGUGGUGACGGCUGUUUCGGAUAAACCAAGCUGGAGCCAUCGAUACGCCGCAGAGUUCGGUAAUCGGUGGUGCCGAGACCUGGGGCGCUCGGCCGAAGUCCUCUUUCCCCUCCGAGCAGCCAUGAGCGGGGGCCCUACGGCCGGCACGAAGUUAAGGCGGGUCAACGAGGUCCCCAACGUGGGCAAUGUAGCGAAAGCUCGCCUCUAUACCGCGGUCGUGCGCUAUGGUUCCGGCUUAAAACGUCCCACGUGCCGGUACGGGUUAUGA